CACAUAUUUCGAGCGAGGACAGGAGCAGAGCUAACCCUGAAACACAAAUGAUUAUAUUCCAUUGCGGCAAUUAAUCGUAAAUCCGCAAUGGAUCGAGUCUUAAAAGCUGCGCGCGCUUCCGGUUCUCUUAACCUCUCCAAUCGAUCUCUCAGAGAAGUGCCUGAUGAGGUUUACAAAAGUUUGGAUGCGGUUGGUGGGGAUGAGAAGUGGUGGGAGGCUGUGGAGCUGCAGAAGCUGAUUCUUGCUCAUAAUGAAAUUGAAUCCCUCAAGGAAGAUUUGAAAAACUUGUCUUUACUAAGCGUUCUGAAUGUUAGUCACAACAAACUUUCACACCUCCCAGCAGCUAUUGGAGAGCUGCACAUGCUUAAAUCAUUAGAUGUGUCAUCUAAUUUGCUAAAGGAAAUUCCCGACGAAAUUGGAACGGCAGCUUCCCUUGUGAAGUUUGAUUGUUCGAAUAAUCAACUUAGCUCUCUCCCUGUUUCGCUUGGCCAUUGCAUAAAUCUGGCCGAACUAAAGGCAUCAAACAAUAACAUUUCUAGCUUGCCUGAAGAGUUAGCAAAUUGUUCAAAAUUAGUGAAGUUGGAUAUAGAGGGAAACAAGCUAGAAAUUCUAUCUGAUACUCUGAUUUCAUCGUGCACUAUGCUCAUGGAACUCAAUGCAUCUAAAAACAUAUUAAGAAGUCUGCCAGAGAGCAUUGGAAGGCUUACACGUUUGAUUAGGCUUGACCUUCACCAGAACAGAAUUGCUUCUAUCCCACCAUCAAUAAAGGGAUGUUCAUCUCUCCUAGAGUUUUACAUAGGGAAUAAUGCACUGUCUUCAUUACCCACAGAACUGGGAUCAUUGACCCAGCUAGGGACAUUUGAUCUGCAAUCAAACCAGUUGAAAGAAUAUCCCGUGGAGGCAUGCAGUUUGCGGCUUUCAGUUCUUGACCUGUCUAAUAACUCACUGUCGGGUUUACCUCCUGAGAUUGGCUUGAUGACAACACUGCGGAAACUUUUGCUUACUGGCAACCCAUUGCGAACACUCCGGAGUUCCCUGGUAUAUGGACCUACCCCUGCUCUAUUGAAGCAUCUCCGAAGUAGACUUCCAACCGAUGAAGAGUCUUCAGCAACCACAGCUGUGAAAGAAGAUGCUGUUAGCAUGGCUGCUCGGUCUUCACUCUCUUCAAAGGAACUAUCUUUAGCUGGACUAAGCUUGAAUGCUGUCCCAUCCGAAGUAUGGAAGUCGAGUGACAUUACAAAAAUCAAUCUCUCUGGAAAUUCCAUUGAGGAGUUACCAUGUGAGCUUAGAUCCUGUGUCUCACUUGAGACAUUAAUUUUAUCCAAGAACAAGAUUAAAGAUUGGCCUGCUGCAGUUUUGGCUGCCCUUCCCAAACUCGUAUGCUUGAAACUGGAUGGUAAUCCUCUCAGAAAGAUCCCAUCAGAUGGGUUUCAAGCUGCUUCCAAGCUCCAGAUUCUGGAUCUGAGUGGUGCCGCUGGUUCUUUACCUGAAAACCCAGCAUUUUCAAGCUUACCGGAGUUACAGGAACUUUAUCUGAGACGCAUGCAAAUAUCAGUUUUCCCUUUGGAUAUAACGACUUUGCAACAGUUGAGAAUUCUUGACUUGAGCCAAAACCUCCUCCAAUCGAUUCCUGAGAGUUUGAUUUCCCAGAAGAUUAUACUGACAUCAUUUCUCAUUCGCCUGCAGAUUAUUAAGAAUCUUACUUCUCUUACAGAGAUUAUUCUUUCAGACAACAAUAUUACAUCUCUUCCGCCAGAGCUGGGUUUGCUCGAAGUCAACCUGCAGGUGCUAAAACUUGAAGGAAACCCAAUUAGAAGCAUCCGAAGGCCAAUUUUGGAUCGAGGAACAAAAGCAAUCCUGAAAUAUUUGAAGGAGAGAAUUGUUGAUCUGUGACAAACAUGUCCUCUCUCAGGAAAACUUGAAUUUCGUGUUGUGAUUCCGUGAGUUAGAAAUUUGCUGAUUAUAUUUUCGCCCGCUAUUUUGUCCUUUAUGUGUGUUGUAAUUUGUAUGAUGUUUUUCUGCAUUGUACCAUGAUUCUUGCUCCAGAAAAUACAAUUGUGUGUACCGAUGAGGUUUAUGUUGUAAUGUUAUACACUGUUGUAACUUUAAAUUCUUGGUGAGCUUUCAUGAUUGCGGGAUACGCCAUAAAUUGCACUCUUUUAUCUGUAUGAGAAAGAAUGAAUGAUUACUAGAAAUGCUACCCACCA